AUGACAAGUUCCUAUUGUUCUUUAUUACUUUCAUUUUAUGAACAGUUAAGAAAAGAAAAACGAAUAGAUGAAAUUUUUGAAGAACUAAGAAAUGAUCCAAUUACAAGAUUAGAUCAAACAAGUUUUAUAAAACGAUUUAAAGAGACAUAUUUUGGAAAUGCAAAUGAAAUUGUUAAUUUAACAAAUCGAGAAGUUUUUACAAUUGAUAUAGAACAAACGAAUAUUAUAGAUGAUGGGAUUCACAUCGAUAUAGAUAAAAAAAGUGGAAUAACUGAAUUAGGAUUUCAUUCACCGUAUCUUACAAAAGAAGAUAUUCCUAAAUUUGAAGAAAUCAUUUCAGAUUUAUUAACAAAUGUUAUUAAUAAUACAAAAUAUUCUUAUGAUAUGAGUAAAUCAAAAAAAUUAAAUAAUAAAAGUCUGGAAAUGGGUAAAAAAGAAAAAUGUUUUAGUGUAUUACUUUAUAUUGAUUCAAAUGGAAAUAUUAUUAAAAGAUGGUAUGGGGUAACUUUAAUAUCAGUUCGUGGUAAUUUAUUUUAUCCAAGAAGUUUAAAAUUAUCUGAUUAUGAUAGUUUAUGUAAUUUACCAUAUAGUCUUAAUUUAUUUAAACAUAUUGAAUCAUUUACUUCUGAAAUAAUGACAUCUAAAUUAGAAUCACUUAAAAAAUGUAUUGAAUUAAUUAAUAAAAAUAUCUUGAACCCUCCUCCAAUAGAUAAAAUUCAUAACUUUGUUAAAUGUAUAGGUUAUAUAUUAUCUAAUACAGUAGGAGUUGAUUUGUUUCAUAUUUAUAAUAACCUAGCAAUUGUUAAUAUUGAUGUUUCUCGUAGUAUUUGUUAUUCUACUAUUCGUUCUCCUUUAAGAAAAUUUAGAGAUGUAUUAGUUCAGUCUCAAUUUAUUGCUAUUAUGAAUGAUUAUAAUGAACAACAAAUGAUUGAGUUUGUAACUGGGAAAAAAGAAAUAUCUAAAAAUGAAUUUCAAAAAUUAAUUCUUCAUAUUUGUUCAAUUUAA